CCUCUUUCCCAAUCCUGACAUACAAAAACCCCAGGUUGUGUGUCCCCACAUUAUCUCCCUCCAAAUUUUCAACAGCCAUGAAUACAAUCCUCAUUCUCUCAUGGCCAUUCUUCUCCUCUCCCUCCCUCCCAACCCACUAAACCCUAAACCCAAAAUCCCCAACCCCACAACCCCAAAGCCUACAUCAAAGCUUACCAUCACCAGCAACACACCCACCUCCAAAAGACACUUAAUCCUCAAGCCCACUUCCCUCUUUCUCAUUUCUUUGAUCCCUCAGCAAUACCCAACUGCCCAUUCUUCAACAGAAGAAGCUUCACCUCCUCCAAAAUCGAUUCUUUCCGGCAUUGCCAACACCAAAAGCUGGUUCCAGUUCUAUGGUGAUGGGUUUUCCAUUAGGGUCCCUCCUCAGUUUGAGGACAUUAUGGAGCCUGAGGAUUACAAUGCUGGAUUGUCCCUUUAUGGAGAUAAGGCAAAGCCCAAGAUCUUUUCGGCACGUUUUGCAUCUUCUGAUGGAUCUGAGGUAGUGAAUGUUGUUAUUAAACCUUCCAAUCAGUUCAAGAUCACCUUUUUAGAGGCCAAAGACAUAACAGAUUUAGGCUCCUUGAAGGAGGUGGCAAAAAUCUUCGUUCCAUUUGGAUCAACUUUAUACUCCGCCCGAACACUGAAAAUAAAGGAAGAAGAAGGUUUUAGGACCUAUUAUUUCUACGAGUUUGGUAGAGAAGGACAACAUGCAGCACUAGUAGCUGCUGUUAGCAGCGGAAGGACAUACAUUGCUGGAGCAACUGCCCCAGAGUCCAAGUGGGAUGAGGACGGCGUGAAGCUUCGCUCCGCUGCUAUAUCAAUGACUGUUUUAUAGUGUCUCUUAAGCAGGCUGAAAGGCGGGUUGCAGCUUAAAAUUUUGAGCGGUAUACAAUUCUAGAGUCCUCGGUAUGGUUUAAAACCAACUGGCCCAUGUUAGACGGAUAGCUUGAAUUUCAAAUUCAGUUGAGAGCUUUAUAUCAUUGUUCAGAACUUCAGAUUUGUACCAGGGCAUUCCUUGUCGAAUUCGAUAGAAAAGCUGACUUAAGAAGAAUCAAUGUCUGCACACUUUUAGAAAAUUUUUUCUUCAAUGGAAAGUUUUGGAUGGAGAAGAUGCAUUCA